AUGUACACUAGCAAAUGUGAGCUCUCAAGUGGUUACGUUCGUAAAUUACACGAUGAGGAACCCUCAGUAUCCAACACUUUUUGGCGACGAGACAAGAUGUCAAAACGCCAAGCGGACCUAUCGCUGGAGGAAGACAUCGCCGCGGGCUCUCCUGUUUCCAAAAAGGCGCGUGUCGCGGAGGCAACAGAGGAUCGGGCUCCUCCCAAUGGAGAUACUUCCCCCCAUCUCAACGGCCGAGAAUGGGAGCAAGAUGAAAGCGAUAGAAAGGACAUUCUUGCGGCAGCUGAUCAAGAAGAAACCGCCCUGCAGGAAGCGGAGCAAGAGCGACCUGAGUCUCCAGAUAUCGACGAGACCCUACCCGCGCGCCCGCAACGCCAGACUCAGCCGGAGGAAGGCUACAGCGACCUGUAUCUCGACACUAUUAAUCGCGCGGUUCUAGACUUUGACUUUGAGAAGCUGUGUUCCGUCUCUCUGUCGAAUAUUAACGUCUACGCAUGUUUGGUAUGUGGGAAAUACUACCAGGGGCGGGGUCCCAAAUCAUAUGCCUAUUUUCAUGCGCUCGAGGUUGGACACCAUGUCUUUGUGAAUAUGGAGACGAAGAAGGUUUAUGUCCUUCCAGAAGGAUAUGAAGUUAAGAGCAAGAGCUUGGACGAUAUCAAGUACGUGGUUGAUCCGACCUACACAAAAGAAGAGGUCGCGAAGCUGGACAAGGAGGUUCCUGAUGCUGUCGAUCUCUCGGGGAAGCGGUACAGACCAGGUUACGUUGGUAUGAACAAUAUCAAAGCGAACGACUAUCUGAACGUCGUAGUCCAAGUCCUUGCUCAUGUCACUCCUAUCCGCAAUUUCUUCUUACUCCACCAUUUUCCUGUGCCAGGAACACCUCAGCUAUCGCUGCGGUUUAGUACGCUGGUCCGCAAAUUAUGGAAUCCAAAAGCGUUCAAAUCCCAUGUGUCACCCCAUGAACUGCUCCAAGAGAUCGCUCUUCGCUCUUCGAAGCGCUUCACCCUCACCCAACAAUCAGAUCCGGUCGAGUUCCUCUCCUGGUUCCUCAAUCAUCUCCAUCUCAGUCUGGGUGGCUCCAAAAAGCCGUCCUCGACGCCCACAAGUGUCAUCCAGCAUGCCUUCCAGGGGCAUCUCCGAAUCGAGAGUCAAGAAAUCACCGCGCAUUCUGACACCACCAAUGCCCGUCUGGUGUUUACUGAAUCCAGCCAGACCGAGACGCAGAUCAUGCCGUUCCUCAUUUUAACCCUCGAUCUGCCUCCUACACCUCUGUUUCAAUCGGCGAAUAGAGAAUCCAUCAUUCCUCAGGUCCCACUAACCACCCUGUUGAACAAAUAUAACGGCAUCACGGCAUCUGAGAAACGUUCACACCGAGUCCGCCACCGACUCUUACAUCCUCUCCCCCCUUACCUACUUUUCCACAUCAAGCGUUUCAGUAGGAACAAGUUUGUCGCUGAGCGGAACCCGACCAUCGUCACAUUCCCCUCGCCCCGCGCUCUUGAUAUGUCUCCUUAUGUCGAACCCAACCCCGAAUACUGGCCCCCAGGAGAGCCUAUCAUAUACGAUCUCGUCGCCAAUAUCAUUUUGGACGCGUCAGCUCCCACGCCGGGUACUGGUGAGGAAACCGCAGCGGAUAAAGGCGUUUCGGCCGCCGGGGCCACGGCGACAACUUCUGCCGCGACGGGUGCAGGUGCCGCCAGCGAGAAGGUUUCAUGGCUCGUUCAACUUAACGACAAAGCCAUGGCCGCGGAGAAUGCGCGACGGCAGCAGCAACCGCACCGCCCAGAUGAACAGCCGCAGCGCGGGCCCGAAUGGCUCCAGAUUCAAGAUCUGUAUGUCCAACCAACAGAGAGCGAAACUCUCUUCACGAGAGAGUCUUAUUUGAUGGGUGAGGAGAGAAAGGAUUCCGCAACAAUUCUUAUACUCGGCUCGGCAUGA